CUACUGCGUUUCACCUCACGACAACAUCCGGUUGGUAUAACGAGCUUUGUUUUGAAAAGGCGACAACCGCUACUCAAAUGCUAAACACGGAAUGGCUAACCAGACAAACCUCGAUGGGUCUUCCAGGACGGAGAGAAAAGCUUUAGAAAAAGCCAAGAUACUCCAAAGAGAACGUGAAAGGGAAGCCAUUCGGCUGGUAGGACGGAUUCUGAAGAAAGCAGAAGCUGACAGGUCGGAGGAGGAAGCCUCGGUGCUUCUUCUGCACAGAGACACUGUGGACGAGUUCUGGAAAAAGCAAACACGCAGAAAUGAACUGAAGAGGAAGCAGGAAGAGGUGUUUGAUGAUGCAGAGGAGCUGAAGACGAAGGUGAGACAGCUGGCGAUUGCGGUCCAACAAGCCAAACAUUUGGUGGUUUACACGGGUGCUGGAAUCAGUACGGCCGCUUCCAUCCCUGACUACCGAGGGCCUAAUGGUGUUUGGACACAGCUGCAGAAGGGCUGUGCAAUCAGCUCUUCAGACCUGAGUAAAGCAGAGCCCACACUCACACACAUGUGCAUCAGGAUGCUUUAUAAGGACAUGCUGGUAAGGCAUGUUGUGUCUCAAAACUGUGAUGGCCUCCAUCUACGUAGUGGUCUUCCCAGACAUGCCCUGUCUGAGCUUCAUGGAAACAUGUUCAUUGAGGUGUGUACAUCCUGUUCUCCAGUCAGGGAAUACGUGCGUUUGUUUGACGUGACAGAGCGGACAUCGCUGCACCGCCACGGUACUGGACGCAGGUGCUUGCACUGCGGGAACGAGCUCAGGGACACCAUCGUGCACUUUGGGGAGCGAGGAACUCUGGAGCAGCCUCUCAACUGGAAGGGAGCUGCAGAGGCGGCCAAGAUGGCUGAUGUCAUCCUUUGCUUGGGUUCGAGUUUGAAGGUGCUGAAGAAAUACGCCUGUCUGUGGUGCAUGAACAGACCAGCAAAGAAAAGACCCCAACUGUACAUCAUUAACCUCCAGUGGACGCCAAAAGACGACCUGGCUGUGCUGAAAAUCAACGCAAAGUGCGACGAUGUCAUGCGUCUCCUCAUGAAAGAGCUUCAUCUUCAGGUUCCCGUUUACGACAGGACGGAGGACCCUAUCUUCAGCCUUGCCACUCCUCUCACGCCUGAGGAUGAGCACAGCCACACCCGUGCGCUCAUUGCAGCCCACGCAGGUGACCCCGACAAGCCGGCAGGAAGCCAAGACGUGCAGGGAGGCUGGUUCGGAAGAGGCUAUGGCAAAGGAAGGAAGAAGAAGAAAGCUGCCUCGAGGUGAAUUAAGGACAUUAUGAUGAUGAGGUGCUAAUGUCUUUUUGCGUCAUUGAUAUUUUUUAUUUUUUGUUGUGUCAGGUGGGAUGUAAUAGCUGAAUUUUGUGGGAAUGUGAUGUAAUAUAGCACAAUGAGUUAUUUAUGGAGCAAAAAGCAUGCAGUAUUGGCAUCACACAGGUGGUUUGUUUACAUACGCCCAUCGCAGGCACAAUGAUAGCAUGUGUAGAAUGCACCACUCCCGCUAUUAGCUUACAUCUUUCACCUGGACCUAUCUUGCGUAUCAUUCCACCCUACUGCUUCUUCUUAGGACACUUGCUGUGUGCACAUGGAAAAUAACAGCAACAGACUGCACUGGAACCCGCUUAUGUCCACCCCGUUUAUGUUGGCAAGCCAUCUACAUGGGCACAUUUAUGUUGACAACAUAUCUAUGACAACCCGUUUGUUGACAGCACAUCUAUGAUGCUCCGUUUAUGCUGACAGUCCAUUUACCACAACCCGCUUUUGUUGACAAUCCGUCUACCUCGACCACCCUUUUAAGCCCACAACUGACAUUGAAAACCCUUUCAUGGCGACCACCUGUGUAUGUUGACAACCCGCUUAUGUUGACAACACGUCUACUCCACAACCCUAACAUUAACAUUGAAAGCCUGUUAAUGUCAACCCGUUUAUGUUGACAAUGCGUCUGUCAGCCACCUGUGUACAACAGUCUCGACCACCCGUUUAUGUCCACACGCCACAUACAUUGAAAACCUGUUGAUGUUGACAAACCAUCCACAUGAAAACAACAACCUGUUUAUGUUGAUAUCCCAUCUUUGUUGACAACCUGUCAGUGUCAACAAUGAAAACCUGUUUAUGUUGACAACCCAUCUACGUCAACAAUCCAUCUCCAUUGAAAACUUGUUUAUGUUGACUACUCUUCUUCAUUUGUGUUGGUGGUCUACCUUGAGCACCCUCUUACGUCCACGCCCCGCCUACAUCAACAACCAGCUUAUGUUGACAAAGCGUCCAGUCAACAACCCAUUUAUGUCCACAACACAUCUCCAUUAAAAGCCUGUUAAUGUCAACAACUAAUUUAUAACAACCCGUUUGCGUGGCUAACCCGUGUAUGUUGACAACCCGUCUACCUCGACCACCUGUUUACGUCCACGACCUGACUCCAUAAACAACUUGUUUAUGUUGACAACGCGUCCAGUCAACAACCCAUUUAUGUCCACAACCCAUCUACAUUAAAAGCCUGUUAAUGUCAACAAAUAAUUUACGACAACCCGUUUGCGUGGCUAACCCGUUUAUGUUGACGACCCGUCUACCUCGACCACCUGUUUACGUCCACGAUCCGUCUACAUCAACAGCCCGUCCACAUUGAAAACCUGUUUGUUGACCACCCGGUAAUAUCGACAGCCCAUGACAUGACAAAAACUGCUUAUGCUGACAGCCCAAUCACGGCAACUUGUUUUAUGUGUCCAACCUGUUUAUGUUGACAACCCAUCAACGUCUCGACGACCCACUACAUUUAAAGCUUGUUGUAUGUUGACAAGCAUCUACAACAACACCUAUGUUGACAACGCAUGUACGACAACAAGUUUAUGUCAACCCGGUGAUGUUGACAACCCAUGACAUUGAAAACUUGUUCAUGUUGACAACCUGUUUACGUGUCCAACUUGUUUUUGUCCACAACACGUAUAUGUUGACAACCCAUCUACGUCCACAACCCAUUCCAUUGAAAACGUGUUUAUGUUGACUGCCAGUCACGACGACAUGUUUAUGUCUACAACCUGUUUAUGUUGACAACCCGUUUACGCGGCCAACCAGUUUAUGUUGGUAACCCAUCUACCUCUCCCGUCCAUUUACAUACACAACCCAUUAUGUUGACAACCCGUCUACCUCGAAAACUUGUUUUCGUCGACGACCUGUUCAUGUUGACACCCCGUAUAUGUCAACAACCCAUUACGGCCUAGUCCUCCCUGUUCUUCAACAAACUGCCCGCUUAGGUCGACGUGAACGGUAGAUUGCUGUUGUGGACAUAAAAUGUGAGCGCCAAACGUUCGGUUUAUGUCAGCUUAUUGUUUAAGUACACAAUAGAUGUAAACUUAUUUUAACUUCAUCGUACAGUUACACAUCACUCCAACUUGCACACACUGACUUUCUGUUUAGUGCAAAGUAAGCUUAAGAGUAAGAAAGAUGCACAAAAACGUUAUUGUCAUUGUAGUCAACCUGUACAAGGAAAUUAGCGCAGCUGCUCUGUUGGCUAAGAGUCUAAAAAUAUGAACAAAUGGAGUAAAAUCAUGCCAGCCAUGGCCAGUGUCGGUUAUGUCGAUAACAGCGUAUGCUGACGCCACUCAGCAGGUCUGAGGGGUGUGGAUGUAAACGGGUUCCACUGGAAUUGCCAGCUCAUAUUCUUCUGGCUCUGGAUUUUCAAUAGACCUUUUUGUUUUUUAUGCAAAUGAUGGUGUCAUUGCCAGCUCGCUCAUUGUGUGCUUUGUCGUAUAUUUCAUUGAAAUUGUAGUUGCUUUAUUUCCUCAGCUCUCAGACAGGCACUCUGCUGUCACAACAAGGACUCUACUGUACCUGAUAACUUUGGAUUUUGAAAUGAAGUUUUAUUGCAGUUUGAAUUUUUGUAAUUUGCAUUUGUUCAAACUUUUUGUCUCAGGAAGGUGACAACAUUGUUACAAGGGGCCAAACUAACCAUAUGGAGCUAUUAUUGGAGAACCUUUGCUAAAAUGGUGUAUUAAGCAAUAAAGAGAAUAGAAAGUG